AUGGCAAAGAUCAAGUCCGAAUCUACAUCCGCAGUCGACACCGCCUCAACACCAUCAUUCAACUUCACAUCCCAUGCAUCGCUCUCUCCCUUCACCGUCCCUUACAGGACAUAUAUCGCCAACCGGCUCAAUGCACGGCGCACGAGCGCGGCGCCCGCGCAUGCGCAUAGACACGAAAAUCCGCGCGAGUAUGAGGACGAGUAUGACUACCAACACGUCGCUGUUGGGGCCUUGGUCUUUGCCCGAUUCGACCCCGACUCUCAAUCUCAAUCUCACAACAAAUCUCACGUGGACUCUCACGUCGACUCUCACGCCAAUUCUCACGUCGACUUCACCGCGCGUACAGACGUCAAUGUCGACGUCACCAAGCAACCCUCCAAACCAGAACCAGAUUUAGACCCAGAACCGGAACCACGACCACGAUUACAACCAAAACCAGACGCGGAACCAAAACUACACCCAAAAGCACAACCACAACCACAACCACAACCCUCACCAUCACCAUCCCCACGCAUCCUCCUCCUCCGCCGCUCCCCGCACGACAGCAUGCCCCUUCGCUGGGAACCGCCCGGCGGCGCAUGCGACACCGACGACAGCAGCAUCCUCCACGCCUGUGCUCGCGAACUAUGGGAGGAGUCCGGGCUCGUGGCCACGUCGAUCCUCGGCCUCAUCCGCACGGGAGGCCGCGUGUUUUGGACGAGAAGUGGGAAGACGGUGUGUAAGUUUGAGUUUGUCGUCGAGGUCGGUGUCGAUCAUGGGGACGUAAAUGUGGAUGGAGUGGGCGGAGCAGCGUCGGCGCCACCGCCACUGUGGCAGCCGCCCCAUGUAAGGUUGGAUCCGAAUGAGCAUGUCGAUUUCGUGUGGGCUACGGAGGAAGACUGUGUGGCUGGGCGGAUGAGGAAGGGAGAUCAGGACGUGGAACUGGUGUUCACGAAUGAGGCGCAGAGGAGGAUCAUCUUGGGGGGAUUUCGACUUGUGAGGAUUAUGACGGACCCAAAACACGUUGAACAAGGAGAGAGACCGGUCAUGUCGUGA